AGCCGGAAGUGGUUGUUACUAUGGUGGUGCUACUGCUGCUGCCGCUGCCGUGAGGUGGGGGGAAGACGAUAGGAAACAACAGGGAGGAAUAUUCGGUCUGGGCCGAGAUCCGUUGCAGCCUUUCGGAGAACAUGACAAGCCUGGAGGCCGCGCUGUAGCUGGUUAUCUUGCGCACUCAAGAUGUCUAUAGAUUUUGACAGUGGAGCUUUAGCGAUCCAACAUGAAGAGGAGGUAUAUGAUCAGGAGGACUAUGAACGGGAGCAAGAGUUGCAUCAGUUACUGACUGAUCUCCCAGAUGACAUGCUGGAGGACAGCAGAGAUAUUUCUUCUCCAGAGCUUAAUUACUCUGGCUGUAGUGCCAAUAGCGGCACUGGAAGAGUUCAGCAAACAUGGGAGCAAAAGCAAGACUGGAGUCGUCAUCAGGAAGUAAGCAGCAACCCUGGAGCCAAAGAUGCAUGUUUCACUACAGAUUAUACACUGCACAAUGGUCAUAACGGAGAAUAUGACGAUCACUAUGGAUGUGACCAGUACCAAACUGACUAUAUGUAUAAUCAAGAAGAUGAGCAAGUGAAAGAGCAUGAACCUCAGGUAGAUAAUGAAUUGCAGCAUAACAGAUGGAGCGACAGCCACAAGUUAGAGGAACACCAGUGCACAUACGAAAAGGGGGGCUACAGUUUCCCUCAUGCAAAUUCUAAUGAAGCCCCUGGUGAGAACUGUAUGAAUGGAGACAGCUAUGAAUCGGACUAUUACCAUCUACCUAAUUCCUAUCUUCAAGCUGGAGGCUACAAUAAUGGAAUCUGCAAAAGUAAUGGACAAAAUGGGUUCGGUAAUCACCUGGGGAAAAUACCAGAUUACCAUCCAAAUCAAAGGGUUUUACAGCAUUUCAUUGCACCUGAACAUGCUGCUACUGAAACUCCAGAUUCAUACAAAGUAAAGUAUAACCCCUAUCCUGCUGCUCAUCCACCAAGAGGGAAUUUUAAUCCAGAUGAAACAAAAGAGGCCGACAAGGGAUUUGAUCAAAUGCAGAAAGACUUCUUGAAUACAGGCGAAAGUUCUGCAGAAGCCCAUCAGUUUGCACAGCUGCAGAUUUUAUACAAUGCACGAGGAAGGCAGUUAGAUGAACUGCAACAAAAACUGGAAGAGCGCGCCCGUGAUAUCCGAUACUUGAAUCACCAACUUGCCAUAGUCAAAGGAGAAAAAGAUGGCUUGGCACUUCGUUCUCAAAAUUCUCAGACAUUGCUUCAAGACGCAAAGGAGCUUGAAGUUAAACUUCAAGGAGAAAUUAAGGCUUUGGAGGCAAAAGUUCAAGGCCUGACUAUCAGUGAAGAGGAGUCAAUGAAAAACAUGAAGAUUGCUGAGGCAGCCAUGGACAGUAUGCAACAGCAGAUGCUUGAGCUACGGCGUUCAGAAUCUCUUACACGAGCCAGAGAACAACAUGACAACGUCAUUGGUGUACUUAAGCAAAAACAUGAUGAGACCAUCUUAGCGAUGCAACAGAAACUCGAUGCAGCUUGUAGUGCCUUGGAAGAACAGAAGGACAAUUGUAAACGACUUGAGGAGCAGGUGAAGCAGUUGGAACGACAACAGGAAGAAGCCAAGUUGGAAAAAGCAGAAAUAAUCAAUGGGCUGACAAAGAGCUUAGAAGCCAGUCAGCUGCAGUGCAGGGAGUUACUGCAGACAGGUUCAAUGCAGGAGAUCACCCAGCUUAGGAUCAAACUUCAACAAGUUCAAUCUGCCAAGAAAAUCAGUGACAGCAUGAACAAGGCUUUACAGGAAGAGAUGACAGACUUCAAAGAACAGAUUAGUCUUUACGAAUCUGCUGCAAAAAUUGAUGCCUUUAUAAAGGAAACGCCGGAUCAAACCGAAGCUUUAUUAACUGAUUCCUAUGUGGACCUCGGCAUCAAGAAAGGAAACUGGAAAGUGCCAAGAUUCCAAAGCACAGUGCGAAGGGAAGAUUCAGAUAAGAUGUCUAAAGAUGAGGUUAUAUUGGAUCUGAAAGUUGAACUGGAACGGUCAUUAAGCAUUAUCAAAACAAAACGUCAACAAUUGAUUCAGCUACAAAACGAAGCUAAAGAACGUCAAAAACAAAUAGCUGAACUAAAGGAACAGUUAGAAAAUACUGAGAAAACAGCAAGAAAUCAUGAGGUGAGAGCCUGUGCCUUAGAAAAGCAGCUGGAAGCAUUGGGUCCCUAUUCAUCCACCUCUGAGAAAGCUCUCCGAGAAGAAAUUGAGAGACUGCAAAGUGGAAAACAGGUGCUAUUUGAGAAAAUUGAGGAAGGUCAACAGCAGAUUGAAAAAUUAACUGGUAGUGAGAAGCAAUUUAAAGAAGCAAACCAAGAAUUGUACAGUGAGAUGCGUCAGAUGAUCCAGGAAUUUAACCAGAAUAAACAAGAGGCAAUCGAGAGAUGUGAAAGAAUAUAUCAGCAGCAUCAUGAGGAUUCCAAAUAUCGUCUGCAGCAGGAGCUGCACGAACAACACGAACUGGAGAAAGCUCAGUUGAUUCAGCUGUAUGAAGAGCAGAUCACACAAUUGACAACCAAGUUGGAUCAACUGAACAAGGAGAUGUCUGGAGUGCAGGAGUGUUACAUUACUAUCUGCAAAGAUAAGGAUUCAUUGGAGAGCAGAUUAAAGGAAGAAAUGGCACACAUAUUAAGAACAACAGAACUGGAGGUUAAAGACCAAGCGAUUCAAGCAGUAGAGGGAGAAUGGCAAUUUAAUCGGGACCGAACAAUAGAGGAGAUUAAGCGAAAAUAUUCACCUGAGAAAAAACAAAAUUGCCAGAAUGACCAGACCUGCCAAACUAAACUUUCCUCUGACACUGAAAUCUACACACGGCAGGAAUUAGAAACUCGACUUGCUUCUCAACAAUUGAUGUUGGAGCAACAAUCUCAGGAGCAGAGAAUAAGAGCUGUUGGAGAAGCCUUAAAACAGCUUGAACUAACACUGGAGAAGGACCACGAAGAAAAUGUGGCUAAGCAGGUUGAAAUGGCAGUAACAAAAGCACGUAAACAUUGGCUGCAAGAACUAACAAGUUUACCUGAAUACAGAAACCAUUUACAAACUGAAAAGGAAAAGUGGGAGAGCGAGCACGAGCAAGAUGCCGCCAAACAGAUCUCAAUGAUAUUCAAGGCAAAUGAGGACAAAUGGAAGAAGCAUAGUGUGAAGGAAAGUGAGCAGGCUGGAUCCAGUGUUAAAAUAUCAGAACUGCAAGAAAAGAUACUUGCACUUGAGCAUGAAUUAGACCUUGUGAAAGAAAAAGAUGCUGCAUUCACCAAAGCUGAACUGGCAAAAGCUCGAGCUCAGUGGAACAAGGAGAAAAGUGAAGAAAUUAAUAGAAUUCAAGAGCUAAAUGAAAAAGAUUAUCAAGUAUUUUUGGCCGAGCAUCGAAAUAAACUCAACGAGAUUCUUAAAAAAACCAAAGAGGACUUCAUCCAGCAGAGAAAUGAGCUGCUUGCUCAGAAGGAAUCAGAACUAAACCAGCAUUUCCUGAAGAAGCAAAACGAAUGGUCAGCUCAGCAAGCUGAAAAGAUUCAUCUUGAAAGACAGCGGUGUGAGUGUGAGAUUAUAGCCGAACUUGAACAUUUGGUAAGCGAGAUCCCAGAACAUCUUAUUGUGGAGUCAGAAACUCAGUGUUUCCGAAUGAAGGGAUAUUCCAACACCUUCAGAAAUAGCACGAACGCAUCAUUGGAUUAUGUAAAUGAUUGUCUUCAUAAAGCCUGCAGAAAAAUGGUUGAAAAGAUCCUGCAGACCAUCAAUGAAAAGGAAAGUAAAUUGGAUCUACAGGAUGCGUUACAAGAAUCCAAAAGGCAGCAUGAGGAAUACAAGUCAGAAAAAGAAGCACAGCUUAGGAAGUUCAUAUUGUCCGAACUUCAGCUCAGGCAAAAGCUGGAACGUCUAGAAAAUAGCUUGGGCCAGGAAACGAAAACCAAAGAUGACCCUGGUUUUGAAAAGAAUAACUUAAAACCUGGUCACUGGCAAUGUGGGGAAAACUGCAGGCUGCAAAUACAAGCCUUGCAGCAGGAAAGCCAGCACCUGAAGAAAAAACUAGAGAAAGCAUGCAAGCAGCUUCAGCUCACUGUUCGUGAACAUAAGACCAAAGAGCAACACUUCAAAGAAGAACAUGAGGCCUCAGUAAAAUUGAUGCAGAAAGCGAAUGAUGAUCUUGUCAGAAGACUGAAAGAAGAAUCAACUGGGAGUAAAAUGAAUGUUCGGUUACAAGAGAACUGCGAUUUUGGCAAGACAGACAAGAACAGUUCUGCAAAAGGGUUAGAAGAAAUACGCCAUCAGUAUUUGAGGGCUGUGGACAAAAUUAGAGGGGACAUGCUGUGUUACAUUCAUGAGAGUAAGGAACGAGCAGCUAAAAUGAUUCGUACAGAAGUGCUGAAGGAACGACAACAGACUGCGCGAAAAAUGCGGAAAUAUUACUUGACCUGCCUGCAGCAGCUCCUCGCAGACAGUGGAAAGAAUGAAGGCGCUGAGAAGAGAAUCAUGAGUGCUGCUAGCAAGUUGGCUGCAAUGGCCAAAGCAUUAGAAACUCCUCUUCCAAAUCGAAAUCGUAAUAAAACAGAGAUAACCAAUGAUCAUCCCGGUGGCAAACAUUCAGACCAAACGCCAGGCAUUCCUAAGAAGAAUCGUCUACCCAAUGAAGCUGAUUGCAACCAGGUAAACCACAUUGAGAGUCAAUCGUCCAGUGAAAAGCAAGCCAGAAAAUGCCUCAAACCUGGAGCUCCCAAUACCAUUAAUAAAGAAUUUGUGCCACACCAUUUCAACAAAGUAUUAAGUCUUGCAACUGUACAGAAUGGCACCUCAGGUGAAGAAUUGUUUACUAAGAGAAACCAAGGUGAUGCUUGUGCAGUUGAUAGAAAUCCUGGUCUUUCAGAAUUCCAAAACACAACCUUCAAAACUAAGGAUGGACAUCAAAUGAAUGGUGCUGUUGUAACAAAUGUGCAAAAGCCAAAGCUGCACAAAGCUGCUAGUGUUUCACACCAUUAUGAUUUAGCCAGUUAUCAUCCCCAAAUGUCGCUUAGCAAAGCGCAUAUGUUCAGCUCCAUUGACAGUCUUUCAGACGGGUCUGAACUGCACUUGACCCACGAGAGUCAAAGUCUUAUCCCCAAAACAAAACAUUUGCAUUAUUCUUCAGAAGAACAUCUCAGCUUCAAAAAUCUGGCUGGAGUAUCAUUAAACGUCCACGAAACACCUGAAAGAGAUGAAAGUGGUUGUCUUACCAGCAUUGAAGAUAAAGGAUUGUACACACUGGAAUCUUUGGAUUUUUGGAAGACUGAAGGUAUACUGUGCCAACCUCACAGCAGUACAACAAAUGUUCGUGUAGAACUGGGUGCCAAUGCUUUGGCACUUCCAGGUGGACACUUACUCCAUAAAACUGUUUCACUGUCAAGAGAUACCCCACGGAUGCCAACCUCCAUUGAGUCUCUGUCUUCUGAAGUGAGCUCACUUUCUGAUGGGGAAGGGACUCGUUUUUCAGCAAUGACAACCCAAGUUAAGUCAGCCCAGCACACUGACAUUAUACAAAACCUUGCACAGGGCAGCCGUACAGUUCAUAGUGGGGAGCAGCUGAUCACAAGACCUCAGAAAUAUCUUUGCAAUACUGAGUCUGCAUUGGACAGUAGGACAGCAAAGUUAGCUAAAUCAGACUGUGGGAAACAACAUAUCCCCAAGCGAUGCACAUCACACUUAAUCUCCAAUCUGCAUGUUCGUCAGCAGGACAGUGGAUUUGAUAGUCCAUUCUUUGAUUUUCAUUAAUCAAGAGUUGCUAUCUCAUCACCUAAACCCUUAAUUUUUUAGAUUGAAUAGAUUUUUAGAUUUUCGAUUGAAUAGGAGUGAGUUCAUAGAACGGGUAUCUUGAAUAAUUUGUUCACUGAUCUUGUAUUAAAUUAUGUUCAGUGUAAAACAUUUGUAAUUAAGUAUUUGAUAUGUUGUAACAUAUUUGUGGCACAUUUUAUUUUACAAUUUUUUUUACCACAGGCUAUGAUUUCCUUUUUUGUACUGUAUUGUCCUUUAUUGUUUUUUUUAUUUCAAAUUGCUUUUUAUAAGUAAAGGUUAAUACUAAUAAAAUCUGCAUUUUUAAUAAUAACACCCACUCUUGUCUGAUUGUUUGGAGCUUUCAAACCAUUGAAAAAGUAUUGGGGACAACUUUUUUAAAAUAAAUAUGCAGCUUAUUGCAUUGCUGCAAUU